AUGUCGAAGAAGACCGAAGAAAUCGACGAAGAUAAGAUGAGAGAAACCAGGACCAAAUGCAAAAACGACUCUGCAAAAUCUAAGAAACAGAAGCAAGUAGUCAAAGAAGUGAAACCAGUAGAGAAGGAAGUGAAGAGCUUGAAAGAGGAAGACCUACUUGUAGAUUCUGGAGCUGAUUCCGAUGACGACGGAGAUAGCUUGUGUGGGUCUUUGAAUUCUGAUGAUUUCGACUCCGAUAUGUUCGAUUCCGAGGAUGAUGGUUCACAGAGAGAGACAGAAGAUGGAGAUGGAGAAUCGUCCGAAGACAAGGUCCAUGGACAUGAGGGAUUAGAUGAUAAUGAUGAGGAAAAUGAACAAGUAGAUAGUGAAAAUGGUGAGGAAGAUGGGAUUGAUGAAGAUUCUGAGCAAGGCGAAGUUGUCGAAGAGAGUGAUUCUUCGGAAGAUGAGGUUGCUCCUAGAAAUACAGUUGGGGAUGUUCCAUUGGAGUGGUAUAAAGAUGAGAAACAUAUUGGUUAUGAUAUUACUGGGAAGAAGAUUACUAAAAAGGAGAAACAAGACAAACUAGACUCUUUUCUUGCGACUAUGGAUGACUCGAAGAAUUGGCGUAAAAUUUAUGAUGAGUAUAAUGACGAGGAAGUGGAGCUGACUAAAGAGGAGAGCAAGCUCAUUCGUAGAAUGCUUAGAGGGGAAGCUCCACAUGCUGACUUUGAUCCAUAUGCGCCUUAUGUCGAUUGGUUCAAAUGGGACGAUGCAAUACAUCCACUCUCAAGUGCACCAGAACCUAAGCGAAGGUUCAUCCCGUCAAAAUGGGAAGCCAAAAAGGUUGUUAAGUAUGUUAGAGCAAUCAGGAAGGGGUGGAUCAAGUUUGAUAAGCCUGAAGAAGAGCCCAGUGUAUACCAUUUAUGGGGUGAUGAUUCAACUUUAGAUCAGAAGAGCAAGCACUUAACUUAUAUUCCUCCACCAAAACUCAAAUUGCCAGGACACGAGGAAUCGUACAAUCCUUCUCUGGAAUACAUUCCAACAGAGGAAGAGAAAGCCUCUUAUGAAUUGAUGUUUGAGGAAGAUCGUCCAAAAUUCAUUCCUAAAAGGUUUACAUCUCUGAGAAGCAUCCCAGCAUAUGAGAAUGCACUAAAGGAGUCCUUUGAACGUUGUUUGGAUCUAUACCUAUGCCCGAGAGUUCGAAAGAAGAGAAUAAACAUCGAUCCUGAAUCUUUGAAGCCUAAACUACCGAGUAGGAAGGAUCUUAGACCUUAUCCAAACUCCUGUUAUCUUGAAUAUAAAGGCCAUACCGGACCUGUUACUUCCAUAUCCACUGAAUCUUCUGGCCAGUGGAUUGCCUCAGGUUCGACCGAUGGAUCUGUUCGUAUAUGGGAAGUGGAAACUGGUAGAUGUCUUAAGACCUGGCAGUUUGAUGAAGCUGUUAAGUGUGUGGCUUGGAAUCCUCUUUCCGACUUUCCAAUUUUAGCCGUCGCGAUGGGACGAGAUUUGGUUAUCCUGAACACUGAACUUGGCACUGAUGAGGAACAGAACACUAUUAAAGAGCUGCUUAACUUAGGAAACCUUCCAGAACAAAGUACAUCUGUUGCAGCAAUUGUAAGCUGGCUUCCAGAUGAGAUAUAUGGAGGGAUCAAGAUAAGACAUUUUAAGAACAUAUCAUAUAUUCAUUGGCAUCGUAAAGGAGACUAUCUUUCAACAGUCAUGGCAUCCGGCGAAACACGAGGCGUUGUAACGCACCAAAUCUCAAAAAAGCUUACAGACAAGCUCCCAUUCAAGAUCCGUGGACUUCCUGUCUGUACAGUAUUUCAUCCCAGCCGUUCCUUUAUCUUCAUUGCUACAAGAAAGAACGUGCGUGUUUACGACCUGUUAAAGGCCGACGGGCCCAUCAAAAAGCUUGAGACUGGAAUGAGAGAAAUAUCAUCCAUGGCGAUUCAUCCUGGUGGUGAUAAUCUGAUAGUAGGAAGCAAAGAAGGGAAGAUGUGUUGGUUUGACAUGGAUCUAUCUUCGAAACCAUACAAGACUCUCAAGAAUCAUCCUAAAGACAUUACGAACGUUGCUUUCCACCGUUCGUAUCCGUUAUUCGCUUCGUGCUCGGUGGAUUCAACAGCUUAUGUGUUCCAUGGUAAGGUGUAUAAUGAUCUCAACGAGAAUCCUCUGAUUGUGCCAUUGGAGAUUCUUAGAGGCCAUUCUACUAAAUCAAAUGGAGGAGGAGUUUUGGACUGCAAGUUUCAUCCGAGACAACCAUGGCUAUUCACUGCAGGGGCUGACUCAAUUAUCAAACUCUAUUGUCACUGA